AUGGUGUGUGACCCGUUAUCCUUCGGGUCGGAGUACGAUGUGAGCGACUGGUGGACACCAGAAGUGGAGGAGCAUGAUCAAGAAUGUGCUUGUGACCACUAUGCUUAUGCCGCAUCAGGAAUUGAUCAGAAGGCUGCCUCCCCCAUAAUUGUUCUUAAGGUGGAUUUGCAUAAAGCUUAUGAUUCGUUGACCAAGAAGUUCUUGUUUGAGGUAAUGGAAAAAAUGGGCUUUCCCGACAAAUUUCUUGGCUGGAUCAAGGCUUGUGUUAGCACUCCUAUGUUUUCAGUCCUCAUCAAUGGGAACCCAACUGGUUACUUCUCUGGUGGACAGUGUAUUAGACAAGGUGACCCUCUAUCACCUUAUCUUUUCACUUUGGCCAUGGAGGUAUUUUCAGGGGAAUAUGGUCUUGACCUCCCUUGGAUAAAGUUGAAUAUUGAUGGCUGCUCCUUAGGAAACCCAGGUAAAGCAGGCACAGGGGGUGUCUUUAGAAAUGAAAAUGCUGAAGUCAUCCUAAAUUUCAGAGAUGUAAUAAGAGUGAAGUCAAAUUUUGAAGCAAAAAUUAUGGCUGUAAUCUCUGGUUUGGAACAUGCAAGAUCCAUCAAAGAUCAGAAACUUUGGAUUGAGAGUGAAUCAGUGGCUGUGGUCACCCUUCUUUCUCGUGGCUUUGUACCCUAG